GUUGUGAUAAACUUAUUAAAUAGUCGUAAAUUAUGUCUCAAACAAUGCGUGGAUUAAUGGAUUCUGCAAAGAAACUUGAUAGUGUUGCGCAGAGAAAAAUCAGUGUAGUUUUGGGCGCGGCAGUUGCGGAUGCUGCUGCUAGGCCGUUACAUUGGGUUUACGACAAUGCAAAAUUACAGUCGUAUAUUGCUAACGUGAAGGAAACACCCGAGUUUUUAUACGAGAGCAAAUCGCCUUUCUAUUCGCUACCGACGGGUGAAAACAGUUGUUACUGGGAUAUAGCUGAGGCAUCUCUCAAGUUUGCUGCUGAAAACACGACUUACAGUCACAAAGGUUUGUGUGAUAUACUGGCCAGAGAUUUCAGCCCCGGGAACGAGAAAGGGUAUGACAUGGAUGCGAGACAGGUGUACAUGACUAAGAGGAGUAUGGGGCAGAAGAUAGAUGGACCCCUGGAUGGAAAGUGGUUUCAAGGGGCCGUUAUUGAGUUCCUCAACAACUACAAAGAAGGCAAUGGACGGGUACCUUUCGGGGGCCCCAAAAUCAAAGAAACCGAUGGAUUCUGUCUGAAUUUGCCUCUCGUAUGCAAAUUUGCAGAUGAAAAAAAUAUGGACAAAAUUUCCAACGAAGUGAUUCAAACUCUUUCAUCCUACCCUACUUCCGUAAGCCACGGAAUGGUAGCUUCGGAAAUCAUAAGAAAGUUGAUCCAAGACCCGACUUACAAUAUUCUGAGCAUCAAGGAUGAAAUCAAAUCAAAAUACCCUGACGUGUCUAAAAGCAUAGCUGGUAUUGAGAAUGUAGUAUCAGAAAAAAUGGACCAUGUCAAAGCGGUGAUUUAUGUAUUUGGAAGCCCUUGCUAUAACCCUGGAUCUUUCCAAGGGGCUAUACACGCAGUGGUGACAUCAAAUUCGUACGAGGAGGCAGUUCGAAAAACGAUUCGCGCGGGGGGUUGCAAUUGUUCGAGGUCGUUUUUCAUCGGAGCUAUGUGCGGGGCUAAGUUCGGGCUGGAGGGAAUUCCGAUGGAUUGGAUCGAAAAAACGAUUCACGCUGAAAGUGUGUUGAAGUUAGCCAUGAAAGCGUAUGGAGGAAACGCGGAUUAAAUGCCAUGUAAUAAAUCAACUUAAAUAACGAAAAAAGUUCAUAUUAUUCAAAUUACUGGAAUUGAUAUAUUUAGAGAUGAUAUUUUUAUAGUAACAGUUGAAUUCAAAAUUUAUCAAAAUAA